AUGGCGGCUCGCACCGAGGAGGCCAAACUUGUACAGAUCAAGGGCACUGAAUUCUUGGUGGACGGCUUCUUAUUUCAGCGCAAGGAGGUGAAGCAUUAUGUGCUCACACACUUCCACAGCGACCACACAGUCGGCUUGACCAGGAAGUUUGAUGCGGGGACGAUUUACUGCACCGAUGUGACCGCCGCAUUGAUCACAAAUGUGAUGGGCGUGGACGCGGCUCGCGUGGUGGCGAUGACUCUGCAGGAGACCUUGCAGGCGGCGGAGCAGGCGGUGCGCCGCGCGUUCGCGGCCGCGGACCAGGAGAAGACUGGCGCGCUCUUCGCCGACGGGAGCGGGUUCAUCGAGCGCGAGGAGCUCAAGGCCCUACUGGGCACCUUGAACCCGGACCUGGCGCAGAAGGAGCGGGAGGUGGACAGACUCAUCAAGAUCUCGGAUUCCGACAAGGAUGGCAAGAUCUCGAUCGAAGAGUUUUGCCAUUUCGUGUUCAGCAGCGGGUGCAAACCGAUUCACACCUGGCAUUUAGAAGAUGGGCGCGUGCAGCAGAAGUUCCUGGAUGGACGUGUUCGCAUGACUUUCCUGGACGGGUGCACGGUGGAUCAAUACAAGGAUGGCACCAGGAUCCAGGUAGACGCGGAUGGAAGCUGCACCGUAGAGCAGGAUGGGCGAGUCUUUUCGCGCCUGGCAGAUGGUACUUGCAUCACGCAUGACCCUGCUAGUUCGUCCCGAGUGAUUCAAGUCAACCCGAACGGCGAUCGCACGGUCACCGACGUAUCAGGCAGAGUCACCACAUAUUUUAAGGAAGGCGCUACGGUUGAGGAGUUUGACACGACGCAAGCGAAGGAGACUGGUGUUGCGACGGUGCAGCGUUGCGCGUCUGGAGCGCUUCUCGUGCUGUACACCGAUAGCAGCAGGAUUCAAUUCAAUCUGGAUGGCAGUCAACUUGAGAUGGGUGUCGGGUGGACCUUAGUCAGGCUUGCAGACGGCUCAGGGCGCAAGACAUCCAAGGCUACUGGCACCACGCAGUCCCUCUCGGCGGAGGCGGUUCUGGCCGAAAUCGAGAGCGGGCGGAGCAAGCUUUUGCGGUCGCCUAGCGCUCUGCCGUCGGUGAAGUUUUCUGCUUUGGCCUGUGGCGGCGUCGAAACGCUCCAGGCAACGCCGGAGGAAUCCACGGCCAGGCCGGAGCCGGCCAGCGCCAAGCCGCUGCCAAAGGCAAAGGCGAAGGGCCGCCGCACGAACGUCCGUGCGGCGAAGGAUGAGCUCCUGAAGAGCGAGCGGUUGAAAGGGGUCCAAAGAGAGACCUAUGCCAGUGGCUUGGUGGUGGAAAGGUAUGCCGAUGGCACCAUCCUGGAAAAGAGUCCCAGCGGGCAGUCCAAACAGCAAAACCUGGAUGGGACGGUGAUCAUCGUGGAUGAGGAAGCCAAGACUGAGACAACCAUCAAGCCCACUGGCACAAGCAUAACCAAGCACGCAGAUGGGCUGUUGGUUCAGAGGAGUGCAGAUGGCACAAGUAUUUGCACAAAGGCGGAUGGCACCGUGAUGCAGACCAAUCCUGACGGCAGCCAAAUCAUUUCGUUGCCGUCUGGUGAGAGGACAAAGCACCUCAGGGACGGCACCACCCUCCACACCUGGCCUUCUGGCGAGAAACGCCAGACCUUCCCGGACGGCUGCGUGAUUGUGACUCACGAGGAUGGCAGCACGAAGCAGACUGAUGCUGACGGGACUGAGAUCGUAACACAAGUGGAUGGGUCCUACACCAUUCAGAAGCCCGGUGGAUUGCACAUUUCGGCUUAUGCCUCCGGGGAAAAGCUCCAAAGGAACCCCGACGGCACGCUGAUCCGCAGCCUGCCGGAUGGUCGGCAGGUCCAGAAGAACCCCAACGGCGUGGUGAUUGAGACGCUGGCAGAUGGCACCUUCCGGCAAUGCGAGCCAAAUGGCUCCGGAUUUGAGCUCAGCGCCGACAACCGGCGGCAGAGAGAUUUCCUCCCAGGGGCCUUGUCAGCCACCAUGGACGGCGUUUCCGGCACUGUGGACGGGGUGUCGCUCACGCUGCUGGAUGCGGGGCACUGCCCCGGCAGCAGCAUGGCGGCCUUUGAGGACCCCGAUGCGGAAGAGAAGGCGGUGAUCCUUCACACAGGCGACUGUCGCGCCUGCAGCGCCACGCGGGAGAACCUGAGCCGCUGGCUGGGCGAGCGCAGGGUGACGGAGCUCUUCCUGGACACCACCUACUGCACCCCGCGCUGGCGCUUCCCCCCGCAGAGUGUCGCCUGCGACUGGCUGCGGGAGAUCACCAGGCAGGAGCUGCAGCGGGAGCCACGCACGCUCUUUGUGGCCGCCUGGCUCCGUGCUGAUUUGUCCUUGUGA